GGGCUCCAUCCUUCGUGGACUAUUCAACUAUAAGUAAGUUCGAUAUCCAAGUGAGUAGAGAGCAUCAAUUCCAUACUACCGCAAUAUCUUCGUACAAGACAUCCGUUCACGAUCUGGUUGUACAUUUGUUCCUUCUCUUCUACAAUGUCUCAACAGAUAGGUUUAAGUAGUGAUGUAACGAGGGGCAACGCUGGGCCGUCCAAAUCACCAGUAUUUCCAAGCUCAAAACUAGCACCCAGUGAAGCUCCAAGUGAGUUUUUAGAAAGUGAUGCUCCCCGUGAUUCAGAAUGGAAUACUCGGUCAUGUAUUGCGGUCAUUGGUGCAUUCUCGAUAAUGUUCUGUUCAGUGGGUUUCAUAAACGCUUUUGGAGUUUUUCAAGAGUAUUACGCGAAAAACAUGCUCGCCAAUAAAACUGCAUCUGAAAUUUCGUGGCUUGGAUCUUUUAACGUUUUUUGCAUGUUUGGCGGAACGUUUGUUGCUGGAUAUCUAAACGACAAAUAUGGCCCAAAGUUUUUGGUAUAUGGAGGCAGUGUCGUGAUUCUGCUUGCUCUGUUUAUGACUUCUAUUUGCAAAGAGUACUACCAAUUCUUUCUUGCCCAAGGCUUCUUACUCGGCAUCGGUAUUGCAUCUAUUCUUCUUCCAGCCUUCACCAUAGCAGCUCAACACUUCACCACAUAUCGAGGUCUGGCACUUGGAAUUGUAGUAUCAGGAUCUUCGUUAGGGGGUGUGAUUUGGCCAAUUGCUUUGAACAGACUUCUGACCGAAGUCGGCUUUGGAUGGGCAGUACGAACUGUUUCUUUCAUUCAACUGCCUUUAUUAAUUAUCGGGUGUCUCUCAAUCAGUACACCCAUCCAGAAGACUGAUCAUACCAAACCAAAACCAGAUUUCUCUUGCGUCAGGAAUCCCGUCCUCAUAUUACUCGCGCUUGGGCUUUUCUUAGUAUAUUUUGGCCUCUUCACGCCUUUCUUUUACAUCGAGCCUUGGGCAUUGUCACUUGGACUGAAUAGCAACUUUGCAUUCUAUACGAUCAGCAUAGUCAAUGCAGCAAGUCUAUUUGGUCGUAUCAUACCAGGCCUACUGGCUGAUCGAUUCGGCUGUUAUAAUAUUGCUGUUGUUGCUGCGAUUUCCUCCGGCUUAGUCUGUACAUGCAUGAUCAAAGCUACUUCUGUGGCUGGAAUCACCAUGUUUUCUCUGGCUUAUGGAUUUGCUUCAGGGGCAAUCAUCAGUCUCCAAGGAGUUUGUGCAGCAAAGCUGGUACCGCCAACGCAAUUUGGAAUUGCCAUGGGCUCCGUCAUGACGUUUCUCUCAAUUGCCGGGCUUGUGGGCUCACCAAUAAAUGGGAAGAUUCUCGAUGUCUGGGGUUACCUUGGAAUGUCUCUAUUCUCCGGAAUGAUGAUGCUUUUAGGUGGAUUGGUACUUCUAGCCGCACGACUCCAGCUCAACAGCCAAUUGCUGGCGAAGGCUUAGAUUUAAGGAUAAUUUUUAUCAUCAAAGAUAUCCAAUUUCUGGAUUAUCUUAUCGAAUAUUAUCUUUUCAUGUUUUGAUUGGCUCUUUGUAUUGGUAUCGUGGAAGGUUACUUACUGUCCAUAUUAUCUCUAAAUUAUCAUAGCGUAUGCCCGCGCUGUAGACUUCUCAACCUCGGAGGGAAAACAUGAACACUCUUUGGUACUCUUUUAGCACUCUCAGGUUACCCUAAGUCUGUACCAUACAAACUUCAAUCUCA